GGCUGUGGCGCUGGCGGGCCGCUGGGCUGCUGGGCGGCUGGGCGGGGCGCGCUCAGGCCUCGGCUCCUCGCGCGCGGCGUAAGCGGCCCAGACCCCGCGCUGCGGGAAGCCGGGGUGGCGUGUGCGCGUCGCAGGCGAGCCGAGGCGGCCGCGGAAGGAGGAGGAGGAGCCGCGGGCACUGAGUAAUCAGAAGUCAAAACUGAUUCCAGUCAGCCACUCCCUAAGGCUGUGCCUGGCCUGUUUUGCCUCUACAUUGUGUGAGGGUUUCUCUGUCGCUCACAGAAAAAUGGAUCACUUGAGGCCUGGGAGGACUCAGUUAUCACAGUAACCCUGUACCAUCAACCAAGGUUUAUAGACAGUUUAUAGAGCCACUGAAGAGUUAAAGAAGAUGUUCUUUCAUAGAAAUAGUCCUAUAGUAUUGUGUUACUAAAUAAAAUUAAAUACACAAUGUUUAAGUUAUUAGACUUGCUAAUACAAGCAUACAUGUGCCACAGCUACUGUAUACUGAUAGCUAUCGAACCUCAAAUUUAAAGAUUUCCCUUCAUGGAAAAGUUACUGUAUUUUGCAAGAAAACACUGAACAUUGUCAUUAAAUAUUUUUUCAGCAAAGUAUCAUUUAGGAAAAUUUUCUUGAAACAAACUCUAUAAAGUUCUAAGUCCUACCAUUGAGUGAAUUUGAUAUUAUGGCAGCAACUUACAGACUUGUGGUUAGCACUGUGAACCAUUAUAGCAGUGUAGUGAUAGACCGACGCUUUGAACAAGCCAUCCAUUAUUGCACUGGAACCUGCCAUACCUUCACACAUGGAAUAGACUGCAUUGUGGUGCAUCAUAGUGUCUGUGCAGACCUCCUGCAUAUCCCUGUGUCUCAGGUCAAAGAUGUGGAUCUGAAUUCUGUGUUUUUGUCUCAUGAAAAUGGGCUUUCCUCAGCUGAAGACUAUACCCAUCAGGCCCUCACCGGCAUGCCCAGGGCCAAGAAAGCAUCGACAUUUCAGAAUACCUGUAACUUAAAGGACAUUGCAGGAGAAGCAAUCAGCUUUGCCAGUGGGAAAAUAAAAGAAUUUUCCCUUGAAAAACUCAGAAAUUCAAACCAUGCAGCUUACAAAAAAGGAAGAAAAGUUAAAUCUGACUCAUUUAAUAGAAGGUCAGUUGAUUUUGACUUACUCUGUGGCCAUUAUAAUAAUGAUGGGACUUCUCCAACCUUUGGCUUACUCCGGAGUUCUUCAGUCGAGGAAAAAUCUUUAUCUCAUAGGAAUUCAUUAGAUACAAACCUGACUUCCAUGCUUUUUCAGAACUUGUCUGAAGAAGAUCUAGUUACACAGAUUUUAGAAAAACAUAAAAUAGAUCAUUUUUCUUCUGGGACAGAUAUAAAAAUGUGUUUGGACAUCUUACUGAAAUGCUCUGAAGAUUUGAAAAAAUGCACAGAUAUCAUAAAACAAUGCAUAAAGAAAAAGUCAGGAAGUAGCAUCAGUGAAGGAAGUGGCAAUGAGGCGGCGAUUUCUAACUCUGAGACUGUCUAUAUGAAUGUAAUGACCAGGCUAGCUUGCUACCUGAGAAAGUUACCAUUUGAAUUUAUGCAGUCUGGGAAUAAUGAGACCGUAGAUUUGACAGAACUUGUCAAUAGUAUACCUAACUUACAACUGACUCCAUUCUCCCCAUUAUAUGGGACUGAACAGCCCCCUAAAUAUGAAGAUAUUGUCCACCUCUCAGCCCUUGACUCCAGACAGUUUCAGACUAUUGAACUGCAAGAUGACAAACAUAAUUUUAAACAAAUAGACACUGUAAAAACCACUCCAAACAACACAGAUUCCUUGUGUAGCCUGGAGGUAAACGAUCCUGGAACUCUGAAACCUGUGCAGCUUCAAUCACCGUUAUUAACCAUAAACCAUUUAAAGAAUGUUUCUUCUGGUAACUUAAUGGAAACUCUUUAUAUUGAAGAGGAGUCAGAUGGGAAGAAGUCAUUAUUAGAUAAAGGACAAAAAGCAGAGAAUGGACAAGGUCAGGAACCAUUAAAGGUAAAUGAACAUAAGGAAUUUUCAGAUCAUGAUACUUAUCUUAAAAAAUGUCCUCCCUCAGUACAAAAUGAAAUUGGUAAGAUAUUUGAAAGGCCAAUGGUGGUUCAUCCACCUAAGGAAGAUUCUAAAUUAGAAGUUCCUACCACAGAACUCAGAGACCAGAGGCACAUUAUGAAUCCUAACAGUCAAGAAGAGAUAGACAAAUUAUUAAUGGAUUUGGAAUCAUUCUCACAGAAGAUGGAGACCUCUCUAGGAGAACCACUUGCCAAAGGGAAAAGCAUCAAUUCUCUAAAUAGUCAUAGUCAUUUGACUAGUCAGAUCCACAAAGAUCUUGAGUCUAAACCUAUAGCCUCUUCAGCUAUGGAAAAAGUUUCACCUUCUUGCCUAACAAGGAUUAUUGAAAACAAUGGACACAAAAUAGAGGAGGAAGACCGAGCCCUCUUACUUCGAAUUCUGGAAAGCAUUGAAGACUUUGCUCAAGAACUAGUUGAAUGCAAGUCAGGCAGAGGGAGUCUAUCACAAGAAAAGGAAAUGAUGCAAAUUCUACAGGAAACCUUGACAACUUCCUCCCAGCCCACUCCAUCAGUCUGUAGGAGCCCUGUUGGUGAGAAACCCAAAGAUAAUACUUCAGUUGUUUUGAUUCAGCAGACGCCAGAAGUGAUCAAGAUUCAAAAUAAACCUGAAAAAAAACCUGCAACACCAUUUCCACCUGCAGCCACCCUUCCAAGUAGCCCCCAGCCGGUCUCCCCUGUUCCUUGUGAGAGUGGUGUUGUGAAUACACCGCUGUCUAUAAACAUUCCACAGUUCUACUUUCCUCAAGGACUCCCAGACACCUGCAGUGACCAUGAACAGAUCCUAAGCAGAAUUGAAACCGCUUUCAAGGAUAUUGAAGAUCAGAAAGCAGAUAUUCAUGAAAUGGGGAGAAUUGCAAAGGUCUGUGGCUGUCCACUCUAUUGGAAAGCCCCGAUGUUCAGGGCUGCAGGAGGAGAGAAGACUGGGUUUGUGACAGCACAGUCAUUCACUGCCAUGUGGAAAAGGUUGCUAAGUAACCAUCAUGACGAUGCCGCCAAGUUCCUCUGGCUUCUGGCAAAGCCCAGCUGCAGUUAUCUGGAACAAGAGGAUUUUAUCCCUUUACUUCAGGAUGUGGUGGAUACACACCCUGGCCUCACCUUCCUGAAAGACGCCCCAGAAUUCCAUUCCCGCUACAUCACCACGGUUGUUCAGAGAAUAUUCUACACAGUCAACAGAUCUUGGAGUGGAAAAAUUACUUCGACAGAGAUAAGGAAAAGCAACUUUUUGCAAACUCUGGCCCUUUUGGAGGAAGAGGAAGAUAUAAACCAAAUCACUGAUUACUUCUCUUAUGAACAUUUCUAUGUCAUUUAUUGUAAAUUCUGGGAACUAGAUGGCGAUCAUGACCUGUACAUCAGCCAAGCUGAUCUAUCUCGAUACAAUGACCAGGCUUCAUCAAAUAGAAUUAUUGAAAGAAUAUUUUCUGGAGCAGUAACAAGAGGAAAAACUGUACAAAAAGAGGGAAGAAUGAGCUAUGCAGAUUUUGUUUGGUUUUUGAUUUCUGAGGAAGACAAACGGAACCCUACCAGCAUUGAGUAUUGGUUCCGCUGCAUGGAUGUGGAUGGAGAUGGUAUACUUUCCAUGUAUGAACUAGAGUACUUCUAUGAAGAGCAGUGUGAACGGAUGGAAGCCAUGGGCAUUGAGCCCUUGCCAUUCCAUGAUCUGUUGUGCCAGAUGCUUGACUUGGUGAAGCCAGCCAGUGAUGGCAGGAUAACUCUGCGAGAUCUGAAGAGGUGCAGAAUGGCUCACAUCUUCUACGACACUUUCUUUAACCUGGAGAAAUACUUGGAUCAUGAACAAAGAGAUCCUUUUGCAGUCCAGAAGGAUGUUGAAAAUGAUGGCCCUGAGCCAUCUGACUGGGACAGAUUUGCUGCUGAGGAGUAUGAGGCUCUCGUGACUGAGGAGUCCGCCCAGGUCCAGCUCCAGGAGGGUUCAUUUGAAGACUAUGAAUCAGAGGAACCUGUGUCUCCCUCUGAACUUGGAAACAAGGGCAAUAAAAUAGUAACUUCAAGCCUUUCAGAGAAAUGUGGAAAGCUUCAGUCAGUGGAUGAAGAGUAGUUGCCAUUAUCUACACAGAAAGGAUGGUGUGUAGAGAUGUUCUAGUUUGUGCACUGCUUUGUAAAGGGUUUGAUUCCUCCAGGUGCACUAGAAACUAAAAUGCUCUCAGUAGUUCAGCACAGGAGACCCCUCCAGUUUGUCGAAAAUGUGCAGAGCUCUUCCUUGGAAGUAACAUACUGUCAUCAAUCACCUUCCAGAGUCUGCAGUCGGCGCUCUACACCCCUCAGUGUAUGGAGGCUCUCUUGGAAACAAGGCUACACACAGUUCUCUGCACAGUAGCAGAAGCUGCCUCAGUAUUGGCCAGCUUCCCUGGGGUACCUCAGGCUCCUAUAGAACCUAUAAGAAAACUUCACUUGAGUCAAAAAUUCUGGAACUUGAAAAAGGGCCUCUAGACCUGGCUUUGUCCUAGUAACAAACGCACUGCCAAAACAUCUCAGAGACUACUUAUGUGUACUGGAGAGUUCAGGGACCUUGAACUUACCUGGUUUAAUGUAACUUCACCAUGACCUGCCAAACUGCUAAGUCACUUUACAUUCUCAGGUACUGUAACCAACCACUGGGCCCUUCCAGCUCUGCUGGCAAGCUCUGGCAGCCUCUGCUUCUGACUGUGGACCUUGUACAAAAAUCUCAUGAAAAAAUUUCUGAAAAUGAAGACAAGUACAGAAUUUGGCACUUACUAACAUUUGCAAGCAAUUAUUGGAUGAUAUAUUAAUCUACAAGUUAAUGACCUAUCUUCAUUUCUAGCAGAAGGCUUACUUGAAGACUUAAGGAAUGUGACAUCCCAUGGAAACUUCUCACUAUACACACUCUGUCCCCUCUCUUGAAUACUAGA